AUGCCAAGGACAGAGCGCACGCCAUUGCCGGCUCUUUCGCGGCCGUAUCUUGCGCUUGGCCUGGAAGGAAGUGCAAACAAACUAGGUGCUGGAAUUAUUCGGCACAGUCCGACUGCCAACGACAGGAGCGGUGUUGCGCUGAAUAAUGCAACGGUAGAAAUUCUAUCCAAUGUAAGACACACGUAUGUGACGCCUCCUGGAGAAGGGUUCCAGCCGAGCGAUACUGCAAAGCAUCACAAGCACUGGAUACUUUGCGUUGUGAGCGAGUCUGUGCGUGCAAGUGGGAUUCAAAGCAUCGACGAAAUUGAUUGCAUUUGCUAUACCAAAGGCCCGGGCAUGGGUGCGCCGUUGCAAUCGGUCUCGCUCAUCGCGCGCACGCUUGCGCAAAUGUAUGAAAAGCCGUUGGUGGGAGUGAAUCAUUGUGUCGGUCAUAUCGAGAUGGGACGCACGAUCACGGGUGCCCAAAACCCCGUGGUAUUGUACGUCUCCGGCGGGAAUACGCAGGUUGUCGCCUACUCUGCCCAGCGGUACCGCAUAUUUGGCGAGACGCUAGACAUUGCGGUAGGCAAUUGUCUUGACAGGUUUGCGCGCGUAAUUGGACUCAGCAACGAUCCUUCGCCGGGCUACAAUAUUGAAAAAGAAGCGAGGAAAGGCAAACGGCUGCUGCAUCUCCCCUUUGGGACAAAGGGGAUGGAUGUUUCGCUCGCCGGCAUACUCAGCGCAACAGAGGCAUACACCAAAGAUAAACGCUUUAUACCCAGCGUGGCACCGCGCUCCACGGCUCCCGUGGGCGCACUCGCAAACGGAGCAAGUUUGGCCGGCACGGCGCAGCACAGCAAGGACCUGGCGGAAGACACGCCGACGUGCGAUGUGCAAGGCAACCAAAUCGAUGCGAUUACGCCUGCUGAUCUGUGCUUUAGCUUGCAGGAGCAUGUAUUUGCCAUGCUUGUCGAAAUUACCGAGCGUGCAAUGGCCCAUAUUGGCAGCCGCGACGUGCUCAUUGUCGGUGGCGUCGGUUCCAAUGUGCGCUUGCAGGAAAUGAUGGGCAUUAUGGCUCAGGAGCGUGGAGGUAAUGUGUUUGCGACAGACGAGCGAUUCUGUAUUGAUAAUGGAAUCAUGAUUGCUCAUGCCGGUUUGCUUGCAUACCGCAUGGGCCAGACGACGCCGCUUGAAAAGAGCACAACGACACAGCGAUUCAGAACAGAUGCACCGCACAUCCAGUGGCGCACGUAG